ACGCACGUUGGGCUGCACUCACUUACUCGCUCCCGUCUCUCACUCACACCUCACGCCUCAUGCACUUCGGUGAUGCAGCCUAUGAUGCCACCUCACAGAGUGUAAGGUCCCCACAUGAUCUGGGCUUUUUCGGAGCAAGACAGGGUGACAUGGAUGCUGAGAACGGGCGUGUCUGCCAUAUGCCUGGGAGCUGUAGGCAUGCUUCUAGUGGGGGGCACGGGCCAUACCUUGCACCAAAGCUGCGAGCUUUUGCCCCGGGAAUUUGGGCAGCUCCAGGGCACAAUCAGCACAAUCACUCGGGGGUGGGCGAGACCCCCGCUUCCAUAUAUAAACACCCGAUCAUCCCCCCCGAGCGCGACAGCCCGCCCACCCUCCUGUCCCUGGUUUCUCUCGUCCACCCCGAACUUGCAAGCCGUUCUUCACCCUUUCUGUCCGACUCGUCCAUUUCCGCUUCGAACAGCAUCUAGCAUCUGUAUUGUCAUCUACACCAAACACAACAAACACCACUUCAAACCAUCACCAUGCCUCCCAAGAAGACCGAGACCAAGACUGAGGGCGCCGCUGCCCCCAAGGCAAAGGCCGCCCCCGUCCACCCGUCCUACCAAGACAUGAUCACGGAUGCCAUCAUUCAGCUCAAGGAUCGCAAUGGCUCCAGCCGUCAAUCCCUCAAGAAGUAUGUCAAGAGCAACAACACCAUCAAUGCCUCUGACAACAUGUUCGACUCCCUCUUCAACAAGGCCUUGAAGUCUGGUGUCGACAAGGGCAUCUUCGAGCAGCCCAAGGGCCCCUCCGGCGGCACCAAGCUCGCCAAGAAGACUGCCGCUCCCAAGGAGAAGAAGCCUGCUGCCCCUAAGAAGGCCGCCGCGCCCAAGGAGAAGAAGGAGGCUGCUCCCAAGGAGAAGAAGGCUGCCACCAAGAAGGCUGCCGCUCCCAAGGAGAAGAAGGAGAAGAAGGAGGCCGCUCCCAAGGAGAAGAAGGAAAAGAAGGCCGCUGCCCCUAAGAAGGCUGCCGCGCCCAAGGAGAAGAAGGAGAAGAAGACUGCCCCCAAGAAGGCUGCCCAAGCCCCUGCUGAGGAGAAGCCUGCUGUCCUGACCAAGACCAAGUCCGGUCGCGUCACCAAGGCCGCCCCCGCCGCCAAGGCCGCGCCCAAGAAGGCUGCUCCCAAGAAGGCCGCUGCCCCCAAGAAGGAGAAGACACCAAAGAAGGCUGACAAGGCGGAAGCUGCCUCGGCGUAGAAGCCGAGGGUCAGUCUUUCUUGUCAUGAUGGUUUUUUUUUAUACUUGUUUGAUGUGACGGCUCUGCUUUUUUUAUUUAUUUAUAGUUUGGCGUUCAGGAUUAUCACUGGGGCUAUCAUCUUGGGGGUUAUCAUUGGGAUAAGCGGCCGCUUUUUCUAGGCACCAUUUUUGCGCGCGCGCGGGUUUUUAUUGUUUUCGGAGGGCCUGUAUCACAUUUUUUUUUUAUUACGGGGGAAGAACGUGUGGGAAAAACAUGCUUUUUGUUGACGAAGGUUAUUGGCUCUACUAUACCCCCCUCCCCCCCUUCCCACAGCUUGCAUAUGCAACAAACAUUUUCAACCAUGAAGACAGGAAGGGGUCGGACGACGAUCAUCAUCACUUGCGAGCAGCCUUUGUUGGAAUCAUUCAAGAUGCAUUUGGUUUUUCUCUGCUAUCGAUACCCAACCAUCAUUCGUACCGCGACAUCACUACAAACACACAUGAUUCGGAAAAGGACUUUGGAACCGGGAAGCGCGCGCGCAAAAGAGGGUAGACUUUUGGGGGCAGG